AUGUCAACCCAGCCGCUCCUCCAGCGAACAGCGACUAAGCGCAUCGCCCUUCCCGUCCGCGUCGAGCCCAAAGUCUCGUUUGCGAACGAGCGAACUUUCCUGUCAUGGCUCCACUUUACCGUCGUUCUAGGGGGCCUCGCAGUCGGCUUGCUGAAUUUUGGCGAUAAGGUUGGCAAGAUUAGUGCCGCCAUGUUCUCCUUCGUUGCCAUGGCCAUCAUGCUUUACGCCCUGUACACGUAUCACUGGAGAGCAGCGUCCAUACGCCGCGGUGGGAGAGGACCAUAUGAUGAUAGGGUUGGGCCGACCAUUCUGUGUAUCGCUCUCUUCGCUGCCGUCGUCGUCAACUUCAUCCUGCGCUUCUCAGAACCAUGA